UAGACUUAGAUGGAUAAUAACAAUCAAUAGCCAAGCAAUCAACACACCCAAUUCUUCGAGUCUUUACUCUUAGCCGCCGCAUUCCCACAAACACCAAAAUCCUACAACUCUCUCUUUACAGCAUUUUAGAGAAUCAGAAACCUAGAAGGAAAAACGUUUUCGGUUUCCUGUUUAUUUCAGAAACUGACUGGGAGAACCAAAAAAAAAACGAAAUGGGAAUUGAAGUUGAGAGCUUAAAGAACUUGACCGGAGGAUGGAGUGUUGCGGCUAAACGUUGCGACUCGUGCAAAACGGCAGCUGCAGCUGCGUUUUGCCGGGCGGACUCUGCUUUUUUGUGUCUGAAUUGUGACACCAAGAUUCACCAUAGUGGGGUGAACAGCAAAAUCAUGUCAAGGCACGAGCGUGUGUGGAUGUGUGAGGUUUGCGAGCAAGCACCAGCUGCGGUUACCUGUAAGGCUGAUGCAGCUGCUCUUUGUGUUACUUGUGAUGCUGACAUCCACUCUGCUAACCCUCUUGCUCGCCGUCAUGAACGAGUCCCCGUGGAGCCUUUUUAUGACUCUGCUGAAUCAAUUGUUAAGACUUCCUCGGCGUUUAAUUUUCUAGUGCCUGGUGAUCAAAAUGGUGUGUCUGCAUAUGAUCAUAACGAUGAGAUCGAGGGUGUUUCGUGGUUGUUGCACGAUAAUCACACAACACAUGACCUUAAUACCAAGAUCAACAUCGAGAAUCCUGUUGUCAAGACUGGAGAUAUCUUUUUCUGUGAAAUGGAUCCCUUUCUUGAUUUUGAGUAUCAGAAUUCCAUGGAUGGGAGGUACAAGCAGAGUCAUGGUGGGGGUGGUGCUGGAGCUGAUAGCGUUGUGCCUGUGCAAAACAAACCAGCUCCGCUUCCCGUGAUCGAUCAUAAAAACUGCUUUGAUAUUGAUUUCUGUAGAUCGAAACUCACCUCUUUCAGCAGCUACCCCUCUCAGUCCCUUAGCCACAGCGUUUCUUCGUCUUCCCUCGAUGUUGGUGUUGUUCCUGAUGGGAAUUCUAUGUCCGAUAUUUCGUAUCCCUUCGGCCGAAGCAUGAAUACUUAUACCGAUCCAAGCAUGCCCAUCUCAGGUUCCACUACAAAUCAAGCAGCAGCUCAGUUAGCUGGGAUUGACCGCGAAGCUAGAGUUUUGAGGUACAGAGAGAAAAGAAAGAACCGUAAAUUCGAAAAAACCAUACGGUAUGCUUCACGUAAAGCUUACGCAGAAACCAGGCCAAGAAUCAAAGGCCGAUUCGCGAAGCGAAGCGAAAUGGAAUCCGAUAUGGACACCCUAUAUAACUCUCCGAGCUCUGUCCCUUUCCUGGCCGAUACUCAUUACGGUGUCGUUCCCUCGUUUUGAUUUGAUUGUGGAUUAGGGAGGGGUUAAUUAGCUAUUAAUUACUAUGAAGAAGAAUAUGUAAUUUGUCAGCUAUAAUAACGGUGAGAAGUUGGUCUUA